UCACAAAGUUCUGCCUGAUGGAGAUUAACCAGGAGGAACUGGCCGACACACUGUGGGGCGGAUCUGCUGCUGUUCAGUGCCAAGAUAAAAUCAAGUCUCAUUUGAAGAAAAAGUUAAAGUGUGUGUCUGAGGGAAUCCCUAAAGCAGGAACUCAAACGGGUCUGAAUGACUUCUACACAGAGCUCUUCAUCACAGAGAGAGGCAGUGGAGAGGUCAACAAAGAACAUGAGGUCAGACUGAUUGAAACAGCUUCAAGGACACCAACCAAGGAAGAAACACCGAUCAAAUGUGAAGACAUCUUUAAACCCUUACCUGGACGAGAUCAACCAAUCAGAACAAUAAUGACCACUGGAGUGGCCGGCAUUGGUAAAACCAUCUUAACACAAAAGUUCACUCUAGACUGGGCUGAAGGCAAAGCCAACCACGACAUACACUUCACAUUUCUCUUAACUUUCAGAGAGCUGAAUUUACUGAAAGAGAGAGAGUUUAGCUUGGUGGAACUUCUUCAUCACUUCUUUAUUGUGACCAAAGAAGCAGGAAUCUGCAGAUAUGAACGGUUCAAAGUUCUCUUCAUCUUGGAUGGUCUGGAUGAGUGUCGACUUCCUCUGGACUUCCAGAACAACCAGACCUGGACUGAUGUCAAAGAGCCGUCCUCUGUGGACGUGCUGCUGACAAACCUCAUCAGGGGCGACCUGCUUCCCUCCGCUCGCAUCUGGAUAACCACACGCCCUGCGGCAGCCAAUCGGAUCCCUGCUGAGUGUGUUGACAGGGUGACAGAGGUGAGGGGGUUCACCGACCCACAGAAGGAGGAGUACUUCAGGAAGAGAUUCAGAGAGAAGACGCUGGCCAACACAAUCAUCUCCCACGUCAAGAAAUCACGAAGCCUCCACAUCAUGUGUCACAUCCCAGUCUUCUGUUGGAUCACUGCUACAGUUCUGGAGGACAUCUUAAAAAAAUCCCAGAUAGAAGAGAUGCCCAAGACCGUGACUCAGAUGUACAGCUACUUCCUUUGGGUUCAGUCGAUACAGGGGGACAGGAAGUACCAUGGGAGAGCUGAAACGGAUCCAUACUGGGGUCCAGAGAGCAAGAAGAUUAUUGUUUCUUUGGGAAAACUGGCUUUUAACCAGCUGGAGAAAGGCAACCUGAUCUUCUACGAGGCAGACCUGGCAGAGUGUCACAUCGAUAUCAAAGCAGCCUCAGUGUACUCAGGAGUGUUCACCAAGAUAUUUAAAGAGGAGUGUGGGCUGUACCAGGACAAGGUGUUCUGCUUUGUCCAUCUGAGCCUCCAGGAGUUUCUGGCUGCCCUUUAUGUCUUUCUGUCCUUCAUCAACGACGAUGUCAAUCUGCUCUCAGAAGAACCACCCACCUCUGGGGAAGAUAAACUCCUCCUCCUCUACCAGAGUGCUGUGGACAAGGCCUUACAGAGUGAGAACGGACAACUGGACUUGUUCCUUCGCUUCCUCAUGGGCCUCUCUCUGGAGACCAAUCAGAUUGUCCUACGAGGUCUGCUGGGACAGACAGGAACUAGCUCACUGACCAAUACAAAUACAGUGUCUUACAUCAAGGAGAAGAUAGAUGGAGAUCUCUCUCCAGAGAGAAGCAUCAAUCUGUUCCACUGUCUGAAUGAGCUGAACGACCGUUCUCUAGUGAAGGACAUCGAACAGUCCCUGACAUCAGGAAGUCUCUCCGGAGAAUCUCUCUCUCUUGCUCAACUGUCAGCUCUGGCCUUCAUCCUACUGACAUCAGAAGAGGAGCUGGACGUGUUUGACCUGAAGAAAUACUCUGCUUCAGAGGAGGGUCUUCUGAGGCUGCUGCCAGUGGUCAAAGCCUCUAAAACGUCUCUGUAGGUUCACUAUAAACAUGUAUCACAAUACUCCCAACACAUUAUACCUUAUAGUAGAAUAUAAAAGUUAUGAUGACAUAGAAAACAUCUUUCGAGGUUAUCUUAUACCAUGUAUCUCAAUAUGCACAACGUUAUAUCGUGUAACAAGGUUGAAAAGUCAAACUCAAAAACGAUUUAUUAUGAAUUAAGAGAUAAGGAAAGAAAAAUGAAUAUUGUUUAAUAAUAGUUAAAUACAGCUGUAUUUAAAUAUGUAGCUAUAUAUAUAAAUAAUUGUUGAUACGCAUAGAUUCAUAAAUAUACGUUUAUUAUUAAUGACAGGUAACCCAUUAUUUUAAAACAUUUUAACCUUGUUCACUACGUUUGGCUAUAUGGGCACUGUUUGGGUUUAACCGUUAGGAUGCGUUGACACAGAGACGUCCGGGUCAUCUGGGGGAAGGGUGAGAGGUCACGAGUGAGAGGGAAAAAGGAGAGAGAGGGAAGAGACAAAGGAGGAGAGUACUUAAUCCUUUGUAGAGAUCGCUCAGCUAAAUGAUAUUUAAGCAUUUACUUAUUAGUUGUAACCAGUAGCGGCACCAUAUAAUUAUGAUUGCAGGAGCUACGGGGGGCUAGAUUGAUUAUAGCAGAGGCUGAUAUAUUUUGACGCAAAAAAUAUUACUACACACUACAAUAUGAUGCGAAUCAAACAUUCAAAUCACACAACAAGCAGCAACGGUCAUCAACACUUACACAAAUGAAAAAUAUGAUUUCAUCGUUCAGUUUUGUUACAUAUAAGUCAGUUCGAUGUCUUCAUUAAUGAUAUAUAUAAAUAUAUAUAUUAUUAUUAUAUUAUUGUGGCGAUCAUGGCCGGCUUCACCACGUGCCGCAUUGAUCCUGGGAGGGUCAGCGGCACCGAGGCAGUCGUGGUUGUGGGCGAUAGGAUGUGUGUUUCAGGUGUGUGUGUGUGUUAACGUAAAGUCUCUCUCAGGGUGGUGUGGAUAAUGGGACACGAGAGUGUCAGACUCUUAUAACAUAGGCUCCUGUCUGGUCGUUCCCGUGCUUCUCGCCACAUUAUUAUUAAAAACAUUUAAAAUUAAAUUAAAUAUUAGUCAUAACAAAAUGACUUGGGGUUUUGGGAGGGGGGGCUUGGCCUGUUUCAGGGGAGCUCAAGCCCCCGCUAGCCCCCUCCCCUUGUAACCGCCGCUGGUUGUAACCCUAAUAAACAAAACAUCUCUGUAGAUGAACUAUAGCAUGUAUUACAAUACAACACAAAAGAUACAUAAUACUACAAUAAAAAGUGAAAUUAAUAUACUAUACGAGUCUCAAACACUGCAAAAAAACUCCAAUAUUGAACAAACAUAAAGAUCUAAUGUAUAUAUUAGUUAAAUUAAUAAGACAUCGACUCAAAUUAAAGAUUUUCAACACAAGUCCUUCAUUAUGUUGAAAUUAAAAGAUCUAAGUUAC